AUGGACUUGAGGGUCGGUAAAAAAUACCGUAUUGGCCGUAAGAUUGGCUCGGGAUCAUUUGGUGACAUUUAUUUGGGCACAAAUAUCAUUUCAGGAGAAGAGGUUGCCAUCAAGUUGGAAAACACCAAAGCUAAGCAUCCACAAUUGGAAUAUGAAGCAAAGGUCUACAAGGCUCUAAGUGGAGGCGUCGGCAUCCCAUUUGUAAGAUGGUAUGGCACAGAAUGCGACUAUAAUGCAAUGGUUAUUGACUUGUUGGGCCCCAGUUUAGAGGAUUUGUUCAAUUAUUGUAAUAGGAAAUUCACCUACAAAACCGUUUUGCUAUUGGCCGACCAAUUAAUAUGCCGCAUUGAGUAUAUCCAUGCUAGGUGUUUUAUCCAUCGUGAUAUCAAGCCAGAUAACUUCCUUAUGGGAAUAGGCAGAAGAGGUUCUCAAGUAAAUGUCAUUGAUUUCGGAUUAGCUAAAAAAUAUCGUGAUCCAAGAACUCAUUUGCAUAUCCCAUAUAGAGAAAACAAAAACUUGACAGGAACCGCUAGAUACGCAAGUGUAAACACUCAUUUGGGUAUCGAACAAAGCAGAAGAGAUGAUUUGGAAAGCUUGGGCUAUGUCUUGAUUUACUUUUGUCGUGGAUCUUUGCCAUGGCAAGGCUUGAAAGCUGCUACAAAAAGACAAAAAUAUGAUCGUAUCAUGGAGAAAAAGAUGACAACACCCAACAAUAUCUUGUGCAAAGGUUUGCCAUCGGAAUUCUUAGAUUAUAUGGAUUACAUCAAGACCUUGAGAUUUGACGACAAGCCAGAUUACGCUUAUUUGAGGAAAUUGUUUAGGGAUUUGUUCAAAAAGGAAAACUACCGUUAUGAUUAUGUAUUUGACUGGACCUUGUACAAGUUUCAAUUGGAGAAGCAAAGAGCUCAGGGGAAAGCAGCCGAUGGGGAGCAAAAUCAAACUCAACAACAACAAACUCAACAACAACAACAACAACAACAACUAACUCAACAACUAGCUCAACAACAACAACAACAACAACAGACUCAACAACAUCAAAUUCAAAACCAAGACGAACAACAACAAUCAAAGACUUUGCAACAAUUGGCUGAUCAGCGUUACCAAAAUAAUAAGGCUGUCUAUACUCCAAAUCAAAACUAUGCAAGCAAUUACCAAGAGAAACAAAAGAUCCCUCAACAGCAGCAACAACAGCAAAACCAAGGAAAUCCAGCAUGGCUUUAA